UUACAGAAGAGGGAACCUGCUGUAGCUGCGAUGGGACUCCGGCAGUGGAAUGAAGGACUGUUCGGCAUUCGUCUAUGAAAUGCUGUUUAGAUGCAAGAAGAAAUAUGGACUGCCGACCAGAAAUUUCUCAACAACACCAGACUCCUCAUUUCAAUUAAUUUUUUGCAGGAAAUAGAUACAAACAGAGAGGGGAAAGUUGACCUGCUUGCCUUUGGAUAUUGCAGUGUUGUAUCGUGAAAUACAUUUAAGUUUAUGGCAGCUUGACAGGAUAUUAUAAUUCAUUGCAAGAAGACAAGAAGACGUCCGUUUCUUUAAAGAUCGGGAUGAUAACGUAAUUGCUCUGAUGUCCCUUAGUACACGCGUUUCGGACUGAAUAGUUUGGUGAACUAAAUUUACUCUAUUUAUACUCAGCCUAAUUCAGCGGACAACUGUUCUGUAUCUUUUAUUUAUUUACAAACAAAUGCGACUGCAGAAUUUACAGAGCAAGUGUACAUUGCCUGUUUCACUGUUUAGCCCUUUCGUUGGACCCUAUAAAGCAGGACCUUGUGGAGAGAUGCCAUUUAAACUACCGAUCAUGCUAUUAACUAAUGCUGUUUUUUUAUGAAGUAGAGCGUUCCAUCAUAAAAGAAUUCAGCUAAGGCCUAUGCAUCUGUUUGGUGGAUGUUGCAGUGUUGAACAUGCAGGAAUUUAGAACUUUUUUAUAAUUCAAAUAGCGACGGCCACAUUAUAUGUUAUGACAGCUUAUUUUUAAUGCUGUAAACAAUAUGAAUAUAACUAGUGUUUUUGUUAAGGUAUAAAGAUUUGUGUUUUGUGCGUUUGAUGUUUAGGUUCUCAUUCUGGCGAAACACGACAUUAGGGUGGUGGACGGCAUUUUUAAAGUACGCUCAAAUGUCAUCAGUCUGAUUGUGAUAUAUUUAAAAUGACAUGUAAACUAUUAUUAGUGAGUAGAUUACGUGCCAGAAGAAUAACCCGCGUUUACCACCAAACGUGAAAUGAUCCGUUUCUCGGUGAUUAUUAAUUAAAACAAAAUUAGUUGGAUAGACGGCUCAGUGUUCUGCCGGAACCUUACGCUGGAUUUCGGUUAUUUAUGUAUACGCCACAAUAAGUUAAUUUUGCUUUGUAGCAAUACAAAAAUAGAUAACUGCGAGGUGCAUGUUAGCAAAGUGCAUGUUAAACAUUAUAAACCCAAAAAAGCAUCGAGUCUGCAAGCCUGCGUGCAAGUCAGGUGAUAGGCUGAAGACCUACUGCAACUGAUGGAGGAAGCCACUUGAAACGGAAAAGAAACUUGCAUCAGAGCUUUCUGGUGUACAGCACAAGCAAGUAAAGAAGCGGAAAGCAUGCGGAUGUUCAUCUUUCGGUCCGUUUAACUGAAAAAUCAUGAAAAAACACAAAGAGAAUCAUCUGGGAUGCGCAACCUUUCCGAAGACGACGACCGCGCAUUUUAACGUGUAAAAACAGCUACUUAAAAAAAAAAAAUCUAAUUGCCAAUAGUUCUAUCUUGUACAGCAAGACGUUCUUGUGGAUUUUAUUUAUAUUUAAUGCGAUGGGCUGUAUCCAGAGUAUUAGAUGUAAGCCCAAGAGUUUCCGCGAAAGUAUCAUCGUGCUCGAAGUGAAUUCUUCCAUCGAUUCCAAUCCCACCAGCAUCGACGAGUCCUCUGGCGUGGUUCUGCGAUACCGGACACCGCACUUUCGAGCAUCAGCCCGGGUGCUGGUGCCGCCCGUGGCUGGUAAAGAGACUUGGACUGUGGGUUGGAUUCAAGCCUGCAAUCACAUGGAAUUCUACAACAACUACGGGACGAAGGGAAUGUCAAGUUGGGAGCUCCCGGACCUAAGGGACGGAAAAAUCCAGGCGAUAAGCGAUUCGGAUGGAGUGAACUACCCCUGGUACGGAAACACCACGGAGACGUGCAUCAUCGUGGGGCCCACCAAGAAGGAUACAAAGUUCUCUGUUAGCAUGAACGACAACUUCUAUCCGAGCGUGACCUGGGGUGUGCCGGUGAGCGACAGCAACCUGCCGCUGCUGAGUAGCAUCUGGCGGGACCAGAGCUUCACCACGUGGCUAGUGGCCAUCAAUCAGAGUUCGGGUGAGACCCUGGUGCUACAGACAGUGCGCUGGAGGAUGCAGCUUCACAUAGUGAUCGACCCGGACAAGCCUCUGGGCCAACGGGCCACGCUGAUGGAGCCCGUCUUACAAGAGCAGCCACAGAUCCUUGGCAAGAAUGAGCCCAUCCCGACCAACGCCAUGGUCAAACCCAACGCUAACGAUGCUCAAGUUCUUAUGUGGCGACCAAGUGUUGGGGAACCCAUAGUGGUCAUCCCACCCAAAUAUUGACCAUGGUGACCCAUGGUACUUUUCGAAGAACAAUAAAGACUUGAAAUAGGAUGGGGGAAAUUUUGAUUUUCGCAAUGGAAGUUAAUGCAACCUUUCUACCUUUAAAGAGGGUCGGGUAUCACUGUGCUCAAGUCACUGCAAAAAAGAAAAAAGAAACCUUGCAUUUUUUGACUUGCUUUUCAUUGGGAACAUUAUUCUUGCGUGAUUAAUGUACAUGUUGGAAACAAACACCCAAGGUCACACCUUCUGUAUUCAACUUUUACCUGUUUAUUUAUGGAGUGAAAGGAAUAUUUUUUAUAUAUAUAUAUACACAUUUUUUUAUUUUUUUGUAACGGGGGCAUUGUGCUCAGUAAAAUAAGGACUGAACACGGUGCAUGGAAGGUAAUGCUGUUCAUGGUUACACUUUCAUUUGCCGCAUGAGUCAUCCACCCACACUGCCUUAAGUUCGCAUCGCUUUUCACCCAGAGAUUACUGCCUUAACCGAUAAGCUUCCCGUUUUUCCCGCCAUUUUCGUUCUUGAUGCCUGAGGUGCGAACAGUUUAGGAUGCGGAGAACGGGGGCCGCGCUUGCCAGCAGGGAACGUGCCCAAACCCAUGAGAAUACCUCUUACCCUGAAAUAACCGCGGACUCAAGAACCAGUUCAGGCAAACCAGACAUAGACGUUAUGCAACAGACAGACACAUAUAAGCAAGGGUGUCGGAGGGGCAUGGACACUCUGGCAGAUUCAGGAGGUCCAGCAUUUUACUGGGGCCCGAAUCCUACUGUGGGGGUUUUAUCAAGGGGGCCAGAAUUUGCAGCUACGUCCCUGUGUUUAAAUUAUGUGUAACAGAAAAUUCAGAACCUGGUGCAGACUAGACUGUGGUACAUGACUAUAAUAUCUAUCAAGUCAAGUGGCAGGAGCAGCCAAAGAUCUAUCGAUUAGUCUCAGACCUUUCUUUCUAAGCCAAACGUCCUGACGUGGUCCUGCAAGUUACUUGGCUUUUUGUGGUCAAUCCCGCCUUCGCAUAAGAGUCUUCCAGUUCAGUCCGUACCAGUGAGCCGUUCACCUGUCCUCCUGGCCAACCUGCCUGCCUCCACCUCUUUGGCUUUAAGCAGAGAUGACCGGCCUGCCCAAUCGAUACCGAUAUUAAUAAGCAAUCAGAUGUGUAUGCCAGGAGUCUGCGGGAAGGCUUAAUGAAAACAUUUCAUAACUCCAGCAGUGGAGCAGCACUUUGAGAAGCGUCAUUAAAAUAAAUCAUUCUCACUUUUAGAACCUCUGCAGCUUCUGAAGGCUGGGGAAUGUGAACAGCGUUUUAUACCUUCCACACCCCCCCCCCUUUCCAUUUAAUUAGAUCGCUGCAGUUUGUUAGGAUGGUGCUUGAUGCAAGGACAAGCAAACAGGCAAGCGAUCAGGCGCCACGUGGCCGUCUCAAGCCUGACUGUAGCCGCUCCCUGUACAAUAUUUGCAUUUUGUUUUGUGUUUUUAUUAUCUCUAUCUAUUAAUCAAAUUGCUUGGGAGAUGACGGCCAGGAUAUACCACACCUAAGCCAUGUGUUCUCAGACUAAAUUUCAGCUGGAAAAGGGGAAGAGUGUGUUAAUUUGAAUAAAAAUACAUUUUUCUUUAUCUCCCAAAAAAGAAACAGUUGCGGGAGAGGAAGGAAGUUUGGCACUCACACGAAGACGUCACCGGAAUGAGGUCUUACCGUUAGAGGGAAGCAGUAUAUUUGCCUGAAACUCAUCAGAUUACGCUGCCUUUGAUUCUGCUGGCCUUUGAGAAGUGUCAUCGGGUCUUGCUGUUCGGUCUCAAUCCGAGCUGAGCAGAGCUGCUAGGCUAGAAGGACAGCAAAAACGGAGACGCGUAUGUACCGUUAGCAUCAAGCUGUUAGCGUCAUAAAUAGCUAGCAAUUCUGACUGACUGGAUUUCUGAAAAAAAAGGCUGCUGAUAGUCGAACUAGUCUGGUGUCUGAUAAGCCCUGCUUUGUCUACUUCAGUCUUCAUCCGACUGUAUACUCCAUGUGUUUUUGACGGCUUCUUAAUCAUAGCUGUAGCCAGGCACAUGCUCUCUGACAGGUGUGCACAGAGUUGUCAGUCAAACCCCAAGACAAUUACUUCUUAAUAGUAUUUUUUAUUCGCAAAUUGUGUUUGAGUCAACAUUGUGAAACCAUCCAUACCAAAUAUGAUUAAAUUGUUAUUAGAAAGUGUUUUCCCUUCUCCCCCCUCAUCUGAGAGGGAAAGAAGCUGACAAGUUAAUUCAGCCUUAAAAUCCGACAGACGUGUUUAUUUCUGGCUCCUACUAUAAUGUGGAUCGUAGAGCUUUUCUCCUCGCACAAACCGGAGACGGACACGCUGAGCUCAGGCGCGCUUCGCUUGAAGUUGUCAGUACAGCCAGAGAUGCCAGCAGCUGCCAGACACGUCACCUUUACAAACAAAUGUGACAUCCGUCUGUGUAUUAUGUGAUAGGUGCGACGUCCAUCAGGGUCCAAAUCUGUUUGGAAACACCGAUGUCCAAAGAUUGAGCUGACGCAAAAAGCACAAAGGGGCCGAAGCAGAUCAAACGUGUGUCCCAGAGGGGCUGGGGGUGAGGCUUGCUUUCACUUUAUGGACUUGAUGUGAUGAAAUCUCCUCAUCUUUCAUUAGUGGUUCCUGGCAUCAAUGUGGCCAUGCAGUAAUGAUGCAAAUGUAGAAGGAGGGCUGUUACUCGUUAGUGAAACUGGUGUUGGGGUGUUGAGUGGGGGGACAUGGUGAGAUAGUGCUUUUAAUAUACUGCAGAUUUAUGCCAAUUACAGAGGAGAAAGUUACCUGGUUCAUGCAGGCCUCUGUUUUAAGGGCUCUCCGAGAUUACCGGACAAGUAUUUGUUGUAAAAGUUUCUGUCUGUGAAGGAAUUACCCUGGUUAGGUCUCUUUUUUGGAUAACGACACGCCAGACUAUUGCAUAGCCUAUGACACGGUUCAGAGCAGUAGAACUAGAUCCAGAGAGGGCAUCAGAGAGGGGGUCUUUCUGAAAGGAGGGCCCGGCCUGCCGGGAUGUUCAGUAUCGCCAUGUUUGCACACUGUCGGGCUGCCACAGUGCUGGCCCACGCGGAGUGCUCUCCUGAUUCUCACACACCCUACCUUUGAUCUCCCGAGGUAGGACGUCCCUCGCGAUGGUGGUGACCGCCGAGUCCUCACAGCACCACGUCGCGGGGAGAGCGCCAAGCCCGACUCGGGAGACAUGAGCACUUACCCCGACACUCUUGACGACGUCUUGCCAGUUUUCCAUUCAGAAACGUACGAAAGAGCACUGCACAGUUAACGCAGCUAGCCGGGGGAUCCCGAGGCACCACCAGGCCACUACGUAACCAAGCACUUGCCCCAGUUCAGGAAGUCUUUCUGGAGGAGGGGGAGGGUAGGGCGGAACAACCCUUCUAUUAACUUCUAAUUCUCUACCCUAUGGUGAAGACCAGCACCAGCUCAGUCUCCCAUGGUCCAGGCUGUGAAAGUCACCCCUGAGACAUACCUGGAUGUUGCAGCAGUCGUUUCAUGUUGACUCUCCCUACCUCUGCAAAAACACACAUUCUACAGCUAAGAAUCCCAGCCCUGCUUACUUUUGUCCUCUGCUCUUCUGUUCUGGUAGAUUUACGUGUAUGAAGCACAUUUUUUUUUUGGACAAGUUUGACGUUUAUAUUUUGUCGAGGAUUUAUCUGCAUAGUGGCAAUUAGUAACAGGACAAAUGAAUAACAAUAAAACAGAAAUAGUGGCAUCGUUAUUUUCUGUUAUUGCAAUUUUUGUUUCCCUAUGUUGAAUUGAUUAAAAAGGACAUUUUUUUUUGUCAUUGACAUUGAUACUUGAAAAUAGAAUUAUUCUGGGAUAUAUGAAACUGUGAAAAUGGACAAAAAAAUAAAAUAAAAAUUUUUAUGAAUAAAAAGA